AAUAACAAUGACAGUUCAUUUUGAGGUUAGAAUAGAAGUUUUAAGUGCUAGGUAGAUAUCGAAAACAUUCGAUUGAUUAAAUAAUUUUGAAAUCUGUUGAAUAUUUCAUAAAAUGUCGCUUCCUCCAUCCAGUGGUACUGGCCGAUAUUUCGCUAAAGCGGCUAAAUCUAUCCGCCUAAUACGCCAUGGAUGCACCAACAGACCAUUCUUUCAUAUCUCUGUAACUCACCGAAGGCGUAUAAAUAGCCAGCCAGUUAUAGAACAGCUAGGUUCCUACGAUCCUAUACCAAAUGUCAACAAUGAAAAACUGGUAGCUUUGAAUUUGGAAAGAAUAAAGUUCUGGCUCGGCAAGGGAGCUCAUGUCACCAAACCAGUUGCAGAAAUCUUAGGUUUAUCUGGCUUUUUCCCCAUCCACCCAAGAUCUUACAUGACUGCUUGGAGGAACCGAAGAACGGAACGAGAGAACUUGGCGAAACAGGCUGAGACUGAAAAAUCUGCUGCACCAGCCUCCUAAGAUAACUAUAGAUGUUAUUAGUUUAUAAUUAUAGUACAUUAUGGUUUUAA